AUGGUUAGUAUAGACCUUAAUGUUGAACCUUUCAUCGGAGAAGGAACUAUUGUGAAUUCAACUACUCCAACCACCCCUUGUCCAGGAAUGUGUUUUGAGUCCGGUCGUGAGUUUUUUGAAUUUUGCAAUCGUUAUGCGUACAUGACUGGUUUUGAGUUGUUUGUAAUAUGUAGUAAGAUUAAGAAGGAGUACAAGGAUAAGGGUGUUAGUAAAGUUGGUAUUGGUGAGCUUGAGGCUAGGCCCCAUACGAUGGAGAUGAUCAGAUUAAAGUGUAAGAAAGGUGGCGUGAAAUCUAGUGUCGGGUCUAAUGUUACUGGUUGCAACGUUUUUUUUUAUGGUAAAGAGAAAAACGGAGAGUUUGUAGUUAUUAGUUGUGAUUUGGCGCAUAAUCAUCCCCUAUUGCCCGAAAAUAGUAGGAUGAUGGUUAACUAUAGAAGCAUCGAUAGUGCUACCUUUGAUAGGGUAAUGAUAAAUGAACGUGCCGGUGUUAGCGUUAGUAGAAACUUUGGCACGCAAUUGAUAGAAAAGGGUGGUUUUGAUAAUAUGACGUUCAACAAAAAAGAUUUGAGGAACGCCAUAGCUGUUGAACGUCGUAAAACCAUGUUUGAGAAAGGGGAUGCUGUUGCACUUGAAGAGUAUUUUAAAGCACAACGAGAUCUGAAUGUCGAUUUCUAUAGUUCUAUAGAACGAGAUGAAGAGGGUAUUUUAAAGAACGCAUUCUGGUCCGACGCGCGUAGUAGAGGAAGUUGCAAAUAUUUCGGGGAUGUGAUCAGUUUCGACACCACCUUUUCUAGCAACAGGUAUCGUAUGCCAUUUGCCCCGUUUGUUGGCGUCAACCACCAUGGGAGGUCAAUUGUUUUUGCUGGCGCUUUAAUAUCACACGAAGACACUCCGAGUUUUGUUUGGGUCUUUGAGGAAUGGCUUAAGUGCAUGGGAAAGCCUCCUGAGGGAAUUAUAACCGAUCAGGACAAGGCAAUAGGUAGAGCGAUAAGCAUACUUUUCCCCGGGGUUCCUCACAGGCUUUGUUUGUGGCACAUGCUACAAAAUGCCUCUCGCAAUCUCGGCAAGCUCGAUGAAUGGAAAAGCAUCGACACGCUGAUUAGAACCGCCGUUCAUGACAUGCUCGAUCCCGAUGAGUUUGAUGAGGCUUGGUGUCUUGUGAUGGACAAAUAUAAUCAACGUAAGGGUUGGAUGCUGGAUGCGUAUGAUAAACGUCAGCAAUGGGCACCAGCUUACAAUAGAGGUAAAUUUUGGGCUGGAAUGUCCUCUACGCAACGAAGUGAAGGUAUGAAUCGCACAUUCAAAAUUCAUGUAAACUUAGAUUGUGGAUUAACGCAGUUUAUUAAAAACUACGAGUUUUGUAUGAAGAUAAAGGCAGAGGAAGAGUCGAAGGAUAAUCUUGAUAGUAUAGAUAAGCCUCCUAGACUUGAUGUGGACAAGAGUGUGUUAGCUGAGUAUGUGUUGCAUAAGGUAUACACCAAUGAGAUGUUUGAUGUGGUUGUGAAUGAGCGGAAAGGUUUAACCCACACGAACGUAACCAAAACCAAUGCACUAGGGUCACUUGUAUUUUAUAGAGCUGAUGAGAAACUGACCUCCCCUCAUUGGAGGAAAAGGUUCAAAAGUUACGUUGUUAAAGUAGAUAAGGUAAAGGGGGAACUGAGUUGCUCAUGUCAGUUGUUUGAAUUUAGGGGUAUUUUAUGUAGGCACAUACUCAAAGCAAUGGAUGUGGAGGAUUUCCAAUUUAUACCGGAGAAAUAUAUACUAGAUAGAUGGACGAAGAAAGUUAGGUCGUAUGAGAGUGUUAGGGUUUCAUACUAUGAUCCUGAAGAAACCGCAAUGUUAGCCAAAGCUAAAGAGCUUUCCCAAAGGCAUAACUAUUUGAAAGAAUUAGCCAUGCGCAAUGAAGCUGCGUACAAUCGGUAUUAG